GGAUGUAGUGUUCCGCUACCGACGUGGGUUUUGUGCCUUGUGUCGGAAAGUCUCGCGGCAGCUUAUUUGGCCGGGGCCGAAAGCAAGGGCCGCCGCCAUGACCUCCGCGCUGGAAAGCUACAUUAACCGUACUGUUGCUGUAAUUACUUCGGAUGGUCGUAUGAUUGUGGGAACUCUCAAGGGCUUUGAUCAGACCAUCAACUUGAUUUUGGAUGAAAGCCAUGAAAGAGUGUUCAGUUCUUCACAAGGAGUGGAACAAGUAGUAUUAGGAUUGUACAUCGUAAGAGGAGAUAACGUUGCUGUAAUUGGAGAAAUUGAUGAAGAGACAGAUUCGGCACUUGACCUGGGGAAUAUUCGAGCAGAACCUUUGAACUCAGUUGUACAUUGAAAAAACAAGGAUAUAGAAGGACUUCAUAUCUGGCUGUACAGAACUAUUUAUAGGAUAGCAUGGCUACUUUUUUUACAAGUUACGUGUAAUACCCUGGAUAGUUUAUACUCUUUAUUUUGAAUGUUAUAGUUUGAUAUGUAUAUUAAAGUCUACAUUUUA